CUGCUUGUUGUAAUCCUACAUCAGUGAAAUAGUUGUUGAUGGGAAAAUGCUCACUGUUAGUGUCCUGAACAACACGUCAUUGUGCUAAUCGAAGCUACGCCUCCUCCAGCUGACGCUGUCAGGCUGCCAGGUGAGGAUGAGGAUGAGGAUGAGGAUGAGGAUGAGGAUGAGGAUGAGGAUGAGGAGAUGAUUUCAUCCUCCAACAACAACAACAACAACAACAACAACAACAGCGGCGGCAAGGAGGACCGGAAGGAGAAUCAUGUCGUCCGCGGCUGGAGGAGGAAGGAGAAGCGCAGAGACAGCUGCUCUCCUCCCUCCUCUUCCUCCUCCCUCCUCUUCCUCGCGUCUUCCACCCUGCAGGCCCAGCGUCCUCCCGACAACACCACCCCGCACCUCCCACACACUUCCGACAACACCACCCCGCACCUCUGCCACCAGCUCUGCGGGAAAAGCACACUGGAUUGCGGCGUGAGGAGCAGCGGAGGAGGGGCGGAAGGAGGAGGAGGAGGAGGG